CCCUACAGCCAGCAAAGAGCAGGACGUUGAGAAUCACUCCGGGAAAACAAUACGAACCAAACAACAGCGUCGGACACAUACGCUUUUUUACAUGAUGACAGUUGAGUGAAUACUAGACGAUUGUUAUCGGCUCCUCUCACGGACAGAUUGAUCUGUUUUUACGCGGAUAGAGUCCCAUCACCCGGAGCCGGUUACAGUAGUGUGUGCCAGUCACCCAUGAGAAGUGACUGAAGUGAGUGUGUGUGGUGGUUCUGAUCCUCAGGGAUGUGUCAUGGCAUCGGUUCGGGUGGCAGUGCGGGUCCGGCCCAUGAACAGACGGGAGAAAGACCUGUCUGCCAAAUUCAUCAUCGAAAUGGAAGGCAACAAGACCACGAUCACCAACUUAAAAAUACCAGAUGGAGUGACUGGAGACUCUGUAAGAGAGAGAGCAAAGACCUUCACAUAUGAUUUCUCUUACGACUCGUCGGACGGUAAAAACGGCAGCUUUGUGUCACAGGAGAAGGUGUUUAAGGAUCUUGGCACUGAUGUGUUGAAGGCAGCAUUUGAAGGAUAUAACGCUUGCAUCUUUGCUUAUGGCCAGACUGGAUCGGGGAAGUCGCACACCAUGAUGGGAAUGCCUGGUGACGUCGGGCUGAUCCCACGGAUCUGUGAAGGAUUAUUCAGCCGGAUUUCAGGAAUGACUCGGAGAGAUGAAGCCUCUUUCCGUACGGAAGUCAGCUAUUUGGAGAUUUACAACGAACGGGUGCGGGACUUGUUGAGGAGAAAGAUGGCUAAGACGUAUAACCUCAGAGUUAGAGAGCAUCCUAAAGAGGGACCCUAUGUAGAAGACCUGUCAAAGCACCUGGUGCAGAACUACAGCGAUGUGGAGGAGCUGAUGGAGGCGGGAAACAUCAACCGCACCACAGCCAGCACCGGCAUGAACGACACCAGUAGCCGCUCGCACGCCAUCUUCACCAUCAACUUCACACAGGCUAAGUUUGAUGCUGAGAUGCCGAGUGAGACGAUCAGUAAGAUUCAUCUGGUGGAUCUGGCAGGAAGCGAGAGGGCCGACGCCACCGGGGCCACUGGUGUCCGGCUCAAAGAGGGCGGCAACAUCAACAAAUCACUGGUCACUCUGGGAAACGUCAUCUCCGCCUUGGCUGAUCUGUCUCAGGAAGGAGGGAACAGUCAUUUGAAGAAGAAGCAGGUGUUUGUUCCUUACAGAGACUCGGUGCUCACAUGGCUCCUGAAGGACAGUCUGGGAGGAAACUCAAAAACCAUCAUGAUCGCUACGAUAUCGCCUGCGGACGUCAACUACGGUGAGACGCUGAGCACUCUGCGCUAUGCUAACCGUGCCAAAAACAUCAUCAACAAACCCACGAUUAAUGAAGAUUCCAACGUUAGACUUAUCCGAGAACUGCGGGCGGAGAUCGUUCGGCUGAAAGCGCUGCUCGUGCAGGGAACUCAGAUAGCGCUGCUCGAUUCCCCCACAGCGUUAAGUAUGGAGGAGGAACUGCAUCAUAAUGAAGCCAGGGUGUUGGAGCUGACCAAGGAAUGGACGAACAAAUGGAAUGAAACCCAGAACAUCCUGAAGGAAGAAACUCUUGCUCUGAGGAAGGAGGGAAUCGGAGUGAUCCUGGACUCCGAGCUUCCUCAUCUUAUCGGGAUUGAUGAUGAUCUUCUCAGCACCGGCAUCAUUCUCUAUCAUUUAAAGGAGGGAAGGACAUACGUUGGCCGUGAUGAUGCCACUAAUGAACCGGACAUCAUUCUUCAUGGUCUGGGUCUGGAGAGUGAGCACUGUCUGAUAGAGAAUCGGAACGGAACGGUCACUCUCAUUCCUCUGAAUGACGCUCAGUGUUCGGUCAAUGGAGUUCAGAUCACUGAGAACUGUCAGCUCAACCAAGGUGCUGUCAUUCUCCUCGGCAGAACCAAUAUGUUCAGAUUUAAUCAUCCUAAAGAGGCGGCUAAACUACGAGAGAAGAGAAAGAGCGGCCUCCUAACCAGUCUGAGCUUAUCCAUGUCUGAUCUGUCCAAAUCCUGUGAAAACCUCUCCACAGUCAUGCUGUAUAACCCUGGGAGCCUCCUCUUCCCUCCUCUCUCCAUCCUCCACUCUCUUCAUGCCCUCCGGCGCCAUUGCUGUCUCUUCACUGAAAAGGGUCCCAUCUUUCUCAGACUGGAGUUUGAGAGGCAGCAAAGAGAAGAACUGGAAAAACUGGAAACUAAAAGGCGGCUGAUAAAAGAGAUGGAGGAGAAGCAGAAGUGUGAGAAGGCGGAGCUUGAGCGCAUGCAGCAGGAGGUGGCGUCUCAGAGGAAGGAGUCCGAGCAGGUGCAGCUGCGCAUACGCAGACAGGAGGAGAGUCUGCGCAGACGCAGUCAGGACAUCGAGAGCCGCCUCAGGGACUUGAUCGCUGAGAAAGAGCGAUUCCAGGAGGAGAGACACAGAGAGCAGAAGGAGCAGGAACAGCAGAAGCAGAGGAGAUUACAACCGAAGCAGAAGCUGGAGGAGAAGGAGGUGCAGGAGGAAGAUCUGGAGGAGGAGGAGGACAAGACUCAGGGCCAGCGAGAGCAAGCAGAACAAACCGAGCUCUUCCGUGAGCUGGAGCGGCUCAAAAGAGAGCGGGAGGAGCAGGCCGUCAAACUUAAGCUAGAACGCAGGCGUCUUGAGGAGCGUGAGAAGGAGCAGCUGAGUCUGGUGGGGCGUCUGGAGGAGCAGCUGAGGGAGCGCAGCGAGGAGGCGUCCGUCCUGCUCACUCCCGAUGAAGCUCGGCGACUGGAGGAGGAGAGGCGCACGCUCACCGAGCUCAAGGAGGAGCUGCUCAGAGCGAAGGAGGCGCGCAUCGAUGGAGAGGAGGAGGAGAGCGGGGAGGAGGCCCGCAGGAGCGCGCAGGCAGGCUAUCAGCAUUUCAAGCAGACGCAGGUGGAGGAGCUGGCUUUGCUGGAGGAGUCGCUGAUCCAGCUGGAGGACCGACUGGAACGGGAGGUGGCCAAUGAGCGCACGUCUCUCGGCCUGUUGCUGCACGCGCACAAGGACAAACAGAGACAGGUCCGUGACGUGAUGGAGCGUGGCGUUCAGGACGUGUCCUCUUUGGGUCAGGAGGAGGCUCUGAUCCAGCAGGCCGAACACAGGCUGCAGUUUAAAGAGAGACAGCUCCUAUCUCUCCGUGAGAAACAGCUCCCUGCUGUCUCAGAGGAGCGCCAGAGAGCCAGCGAGCUCCUGGAGAGAGCGAGAGGGGGAACAGGCUCUCCUGGUUUGGACAGAAGUUCAGAAGAAAUGGACAAAGAACUGGACGAGACUCUGUAUCAGGUUGAGAAGGAGCUGGAGGAGAAGGAGGAGCGCUUGUCUCAGUACAGCGCGAGCGCGGAGCAGUUGCAGCAGCUGCAGCAGUCGUACGAGUUCACUGCAAACGUGGCCCGACAGGAGGAGAAGGUUCGCAGGAAGGAGAAGGAGAUCCUGGAGUGGAGGGAGAAACAGCAGCGGGAGGCUCUGGAGCAGGCGGUCGCGCGUCUGGAGCGGAAACACUCGGCCUAUCGCAGGAGCCUCAGCCUGGAGCCGGACCCUGAAGGGCCCCGCAAGAGGUCACAGUCCGCACUGGGACAGAGCACGUCCAGGUUUACAGGAACACAAGACCUGGACCAGGACAGGAUGGAGCGAGAGAUUGCCCAGCUAAAGCAGAGGAUCAGUGAGAGUGAAGGAAGUGUGCGGAGUCUAAGCGUGAGCGGAGAGGAAAAGAACAAUGUGAGCCAGUCGCCCGUCAGCCCCAUACAGACCCUCCCCAGCGUUCUCUCUGUAGGAGACGAGAGGAUAAACGCGUAUAUUGAAGAAGAGGUCCAGCGGAGGCUGCAGAAACUGAACCUGCUGAACAGAGAGAACAAUAACACACUCUCGCUGUCCUCAGACUCACUGCAGGAGGAGGAGCAGGAUAGUGACGGUAGCUCUGUUAGAUUGACGGAUGAGGACAACGAUAAAAAACGCUUGGAUCCACGCAAACUGAAAUAUGAGCGACUGGUGUCGAUUCCCCUGGAUCCGAGUCCAGAGAAUCUCAAAGAUCCCGUGAAGAUCAGUAUUCCACGUCACGUCCUGUGCGGACAAGGCAAAGACGAACACUUCGAGUUUGAGGUCAAGAUCACAGUUCUGGAUGAAACGUGGACGGUGUUUAGAAGAUACAGUCGUUUUCGGGAGAUGCACAAGUCUCUGAAGCUGAAAUAUCCAGAGCUCGCGGCUUUGGCCUUCCCUCCCAAAAAGAUUUUUGGAAACAGAGACGAAAGAAUGAUUGCGGAGCGCCGGAAUCAGUUGGAGCAAUACCUGCGGAACUUCUUCCAUGUGAUGAUGACAUCAUCCUCCUCCUCUCCUCUGAGAACGGACGAGUGUGGAUUACAACUCUCCAAACACGCCGUGUGCGACAUCUCUCCUUUCUUUAAGAAGGGAGUGUUCGACUACAGCAGUCACGGGACGGGCUGACACACUCACACACACACACACACCAAUAAAACACAUAAACACUAAUUUACUUGCACUUUAUGCAGCUCUCUGAUACACACACACACACACAUAAAUACAAACUGAUUCACUCACAAACGAAGAAAGAUAUUUUACCCUAAAAUUAAAAGGGAAAAAAAUAAGGAAUUAUAUUCUCCAUUUAAAAAAAAAAAAAACCAUUGUGAUAUUAUUU